UGCAGCGCUGCUUUCCUCGUUUACCUCUUUGUCCCGUUGAAAAACUGAUAGCAGAUAGCAUCUAAUGAGCUAACCACAUUGGAAAGGUCAAGCUAAUCUUUCUUACCCUCCAACUCCCCCGUGAUUCGGGUUAAAAAGGAGGGGUGGAUACGAGAGAGAGAGAAAGAGGAGGGGUUGGAGUUGGAGUUAUUUAGCAUCGCCUUACUUUCCCGCAAGCCUCCCAUCACAUAGCAGUCUCGUUGAAUACGUCUUGCUACACAAAGUGAAUGCUCAUUGUUUUGCCUCGUAUAGGGUUAAGAUCGAGGCGAGGAGACUACCCGGGCUCGUAUUUACAGGAAGCAAAACAGCGAAGUGAGUCUAGUUAACGAUAUACGGUACUGGGUAGGAAAUCAGCAACCCCUGUCAUGUUGCGUCGCCUGAGAAAAUAGUUUUGUUUUAAGCAAAUAAUAAUAGUUUCUCAAACCACUAACCGCUCUGGAGUGGGGUGUCAGUUUUUGCUGACCUCGCUGUUGCAACUGCAUAGUCAACAGGUAAAGCCAGCGUUGCGAUUUUGUGGCGUUUUUCAUUUGUACGCGGCGCAGCUGAGAGAUCUCUUCUUGUGUGCGGCACUCGAGAAGGACAUCGGAUCAACACUCACGGCUUUUCUCCCAGGGAUAGCGGUUGAAGGAAAUGCUAGAUCUUGUGAUCGCUCAGAGUCUGAGUGCGAGUUCCCAGGGUCCGGUUGGUUGGAAGCAGAGUCAGUGGGAGACCCCCUCUCGCCCCCUGAACCCACACCACUCUCCAGAUGAAUUGAAGGCGUUCAGUACCGCCCCAGCAUCAAUCUUCACAGCAGACCCAGGUCACUCCUGGGACUUGACUCCAGUCUCUUCCUCCACCCCUGCCUGCAGACCCAGUGGGUUGCUCCCAGCCAUGGCUGCCUAUGGACAGAGCCAGUACAGCACAGGGAUCCAGCAAGCCCCCUCGUACACACCCUACCCUCACCACGGGCAGGGCUACACAGUGCCUCCUUACAGUAUAAAGACAGAGGACAGCCUGAGUCACUCUCCUGCACAGAACAGCCUCCUCAGCUACGCCUCUAACUUCAGCAGUUCUCCGUCGGGACAGGCGCUCUACAGCUAUCCCAGCCAUGGCAACAGUAUUCCGCCUGGAAUUUUCCAGGGAGCCAAUGGGAUCAGCAGCUCAGCAGCCUUUAGCCCCUCUCAACAGGAUUUCUCUGCCUACCCAAGCUUCACCCAAGGCCAGUAUUCCCCCUACUACAGCUCACACUACAACACACCCUACCUCACAGCCAGCAACGUCAGCCCCUCCUCUAUCUCCACGGCAACCUCCUACCUACAGCAGGAACACCCCUCUGUCAUCACCAACCAGAGCCCUGAGUCACUAGCAGGGGAAUACCACCCUCCCGCCAGCCCCCCCACGCCGGAGAAGGAGCAGGACUCAGCACAGCAGAGGAGAGGAUCAGACGGGAAGCUGCGAGGCAGGAAGAGGGCCAGCGACCCUGCACCCCCGCUGGACUCUGAGAUCGAGCGUGUGUUUCUGUGGGACCUGGACGAGACGCUCAUUAUCUUCCACUCUCUGCUCACAGGGACCUUCGCCACGCGCUUCAGCAAGGACUCUGCCAAGGCUGUGUCACUAGGGCUCUGGAUGGAGGAGAUGAUCUUCAAUCUCGCGGAUACCCGGCUCUUCUUUAACGACCUGGAGGAAUGCGACCAGGUUCAUAUAGACGACGUGGCUUCGGAUGACAAUGGGCAAGAUUUAAGCACGUAUAACUUCGCUGCGGACGGGUUCCACAGCCCCUCGAGUGGGGCCACACUGUGCCUGGGGUCCGGGGUUCACGGUGGGGUCGACUGGAUGAGGAAGCUGGCCUUCCGUUACCGGCGAGUCAAGGAGGUUUACAACACCUACAAGAACAACAUCGGAGGUGUGUUGGGCAGUCCCAAGAGGGAGGAGUGGCUUCAGCUCAGGAGAGACAUGGAGGUCAUGACUGACAUGUGGCUCACCAAUGCAGUGAAAGCACUGACUCUCAUCAACUCCAGGCCGAAUUGUGUGAAUGUGUUAGUGACCACCACUCAGCUGAUCCCAGCGCUGUCGAAGGUCCUGCUGUACGGACUGGGGAGCGCCUUCCCCAUCGAGAACAUCUACAGUGCAACCAAGACAGGGAAGGACAGCUGCUUCGAGAGGGUGGUGCAGCGUUUCGGGAGGCGAGCAGUCUACGUGGUGGUGGGGGACGGAGCGGAGGAGGAAAGUGCCGCCAAGAAGAAGAACAUGCCGUUCUGGAGGGUGAGCUGCAGGGCUGACCUGGAUGCGCUGAGCCACGCCCUGGAGCUGGAGUACCUCUAGGGGGCGCCACCUCUCAAUCUCUCUGGACCGGGUGGAUCUCUCGCUGGCGACAGCGGAGCUGAAAAAAAAAAAAAAAAACAAUCAAUCAGAAAGGAUUUUUGACACUUGUUUCAUCAUUCAGCUUUCAAGAACAUCAGGAAUCUCGUUGCGUUUCAACGUUAAAGACUUUUAGAAAAACACUUGGUGGGAUUAGCAAAAAAAUAAACGGACUUCAGUUUGAGAAGACGUCUCCAGUCCUAAUUCCCAGGUGAACAGGAUCCAGGCAGACUGAUGCUGGCUGUGCAGCUGCAGGUUCACCGCGGGUCCUUCAUGUCAAUUAGAGGCAAUAGAGCCCACUGUUAUUUAAUAAAACAGAGCAUCAGCAGGCUGUCCUGACAGGCUGGGCGGCUCAGUGUAUCGCAAGGGGAUACAAAGAUGUUCACUUCUGAGUCGCUGGUUCGAUUCCUGCCCAGCUCAGUGCUGAUCAGAGCAUUCUGAGGCUCAGGGCUGUGUGGUCAUGUGUAAUACCAGACAUGCCCUACAAUAGAAAGUGUGGAUUUGUAGAGUGUGUUUCAGGACACACAUACUGACACACGCACGGACACACACACACACACACACACACUGACACACGCACACACACACUGACACAUGCACGGACACACGCACGCACACACACACACACACACACACACUGACACACGCACUCUCACACACACACACACUAGCUAACCUCAUCAUUCUAUUGCCACAGAAGCAGACCUGAAAGCUGCCUGCACCCCACAGAAUCUGCAAUGGUCUCCACAGGGACUAGGAUCCAAUUUCAAGCUGCUGCAGUCAGUCUAUACCUGUGUGCUAGAGCCUGGAUUCAGUCCAGAUGAGAACAAAGCCGUAGCCAUUAGGGCGCCAUGCACAGAGAUGCUAGUUAACGUCGCUAGGAUCUGUCAUAUCCUUCUUAAGAGCUUUCUAAACACUGCUCACAGACCAAGAAAGGGAAAACCCAUGUCCGGCCACCGGGGGUCGCUAUUGUGCUGCAGAAGAGAAAACUCUCCGCGCUAGUUGAAAUAAGUUAUUUUUCUUUUUGAAUAAGAUAUUUUCUCUUAUUAAUAAAGGCUGGGACGACGUCCUUAAGAAGCGCUUUCUUUUUUAACGGCGCAGGUAUACGACUGCAGUGAUUGGCAGUUCAGUAACAGGGGCUGGGCAAGGUGACUCAUCACAUGAUACCUCUGAUCCAAUCAGACGGUAUGCAAUACGAUACAUUGCGGUGUGUGUUCUUUAAAUCCUGCCUGGAAUGAGAGCAAAGCCCUUCAUCCGCAUAGGACAAUCACUUUCAUAUUUAUAAACUGUUUUCUCAGUUCCUUCUUGUUUAUGAGCCCUUCUUGUUUCUGCUAUGCUAUUGUCUAUAGUCCAGAAGCGUGUUAUUGAAUUGCGCUGUAGAGCGAAGCUGUCUCCUGCAGUGCUGUAUUCGUUGAUUAAGUGCAGGUCCUGUUCUGGGUGCAGGUUUAGACAGUACCAGGGAAUGCAGGUCACAGUACCUCCGAAACAUGACAGAGGAAGCCGCAAGACUACAGGUUACACGCAGAAACAUUAGGACUGCAAUUAAAAGGUCAGGCGCUAAUAAAAAAUAACCAUUUCUGAUCCUCAUAUACAAAACCUGGACUGUUUUUUGAUCAGCGCUUUGGGGGG